AUGAGCAAUCGUGCUCCAUCGCGAAUUCUACAAAUGCGCUACAAGACCGAAGCUGUAACGGUUUCAAUUAAAUUUUUUGAAAUUCGUCUUGAUAAAUUACUCGUAGUUGCCAAACUAGAAAUGCGGACCUUUUGGGGUCGAAAGGGUAAGCCGAUCACUCUACCAUGCACUUUACCCGUACCCGACGACACAAACUUUUCACUCGAAUGGAGGAAAGAGAACAAACUCAUCAUGAGCGCAUAUGGAUCUGAAGCCGGUCAUGCAGCACCGUCUUUACAAGUAACAAAUAUUAUAGAAUAUUAA